AUGACUCGAACUUACCUUCAACUUCUAAACUUACUCCAUCCAUUGAAGUCUUCUAGAUCAUUCAAACAUUCCAGUGCUUUACCAACUCAUUUUCUCAAGAGAACAAUGCGCGCAAAACUCGAAGGUGACCAACGAAGUGAUGCGUUGAAACAACUACAAUCCAAUGGAUGGAAAUUAGCGAAUGACCGAGACGCUUUAUCGAAAACAUUUUUAUUCAAAAAUUUCAAUCAAGCCUUUGGUUUUAUGACGCGCGUCGCUCUAUUGGCUGAAAAACUCGAUCAUCAUCCUGAAUGGUUCAAUGUUUACAAUAAAGUUGAAGUUACAUUAAGUACACACGAUCUCAACGGUCUGUCGACUUACGAUGCCCAAAUGGCUCAAUUUAUGGAUCAAUGUGUUUCGGGCACACAAGAUAAUAAAUAA